CGGGCCCCAGCGCCCGGCUCCAGCCAGCAUGCCCGUCCGCGCCCGGCCGCUGCAGCUACGGCUGCGGCUGCUGCUGCUGGCCCUGGUCGGCCGCCUCCUCCGCGCCGAGCCGGGCGACGGCGCGCAGACUUGGGUCCGCUUCGCACGUCCUCCGGUCCCCGAUGCCGCGGGCCUCCUCCACGACACCUUCCCCGACGGCUUCCUCUGGGCGGUGGGCAGCGCCGCCUACCAGACCGAGGGCGGCUGGCAACAACACGGCAAGGGCGAGUCCAUCUGGGACACGUUCACCCACCACCCCCCGGCGCCCCUGGGCGACCUCUCGAUCACCCCUCUGCCGUCGGGGACCCCUUCGGCGCCCCCCGCCGCCACCGGGGACGUGGCCAGCGACGGCUACAACAAUGUCUUGCGGGACACGGAGGGGCUGCGCGAGCUCGGGGUCACCCACUACCGCUUCUCCAUCUCGUGGGCGCGUGUCCUCCCCAAUGGCAGCGCGAGCGCCCCCAACCGCGAGGGGCUGCGCUACUACCGGCGCCUGCUGGAGCGGCUGCGGGAGCUGGGCGUGCAGCCAGUGGUCACCCUGUACCACUGGGACCUGCCCCAGCGACUGCAGGAUGCCUACGGCGGCUGGGCCAACCCCUCCCUAGCCGACCACUUCAGGGAUUACGCCGAACUCUGCUUCCGGCACUUUGGCAGCCAGGUCAAGUACUGGAUCACCAUCGACAACCCCUACGUGGUGGCCUGGCAUGGCUACGCCACCGGGCGCUUGGCCCCUGGCAUCCGGGGCGGCGCGCGGCUCGGGUACCUGGUGGCGCACAACCUCCUUUUGGCUCAUGCCAAAAUCUGGCAUCUCUACAAUACUUCUUUCCGCCCAACCCAGGGAGGCCAGGUGUCCAUUGCUCUAGGCUCCCACUGGAUCAUUCCUCGAAGAAGGACCGACCACAACAUCAAAGAAUGUCAAAAAUCUCUUGACUUUGUACUAGGCUGGUUCGCUAGACCCAUAUUUAUCGAUGGAGACUAUCCUGAGAGCAUGAAGAAUAACCUUUCGUCUCUUCUGCCUGAUUUUACUGAAGCCGAGAAAAAGUUCAUCAAGGGAACAGCUGACUUCUUUGCUCUUUCCUUUGGACCAACCUUGAGCUUCCAAUUGUUGGAUCCUCAAAUGAAGUUCCGCCAGUUAGAAUCUCCCAGCCUGAGGCAACUGCUUUCCUGGAUUGCCCUGGAAUAUAACCAUCCUCAGAUAUUUAUUGUGGAAAAUGGCUGGUUUGUCUCAGGGACCACCAAGAGAGAUGAUGCCAAAUACAUGUACUACCUCAAAAAGUUCAUAAUGGAAACAUUAAAAGCCAUCAGGCUGGAUGGGGUGGAUGUCAUCGGGUACACAGCGUGGUCCCUCAUGGAUGGUUUUGAGUGGCACCGAGGAUACAACAUCAGACGGGGACUCUUCUAUGUUGACUUUCUGAGUCAGGAUAAGAAGUUGCUGCCGAAGUCUUCAGCCUUGUUCUACCAAAAGCUGAUAGAGAAAAAUGGCUUCCCUCCUUUACCUGAAAAUCAACCCCUAGAAGGGACCUUUCCCUGUGACUUUGCUUGGGGAGUUGUUGACAACUACAUUCAAGUAGACACCACCCUGUCGCAGUUCACAGAUCCGAAUGUUUACCUGUGGGAUGUCCAUCACAGCAAGAGGCUGAUUAAGCUGGACGGGGUUGUGAGCAGGAAGAGGAAAUCCUAUUGCGUGGACUUCGCGGCCAUCCGGUCCCAGAUCGUCUUACUCCAGGAAACGCACGUCACGCAUUUCCACUUCUCCCUGGACUGGGCCCUGGUGCUCCCUCUGGGCAACCGGUCCCAGGUGAACCGCACGGUCCUGCGCUACUACCGCUGCGUGGUGGAAGAGCUGGUGCGUGCCAACAUCACGCCCGUGGUGGCCCUGUGGCAACCUGCGGCCCCGCACCAGGGCCUGCCGCAGCCCCUGGCCCAGCAGGGCGCCUGGGAGAACCCACACACCGUCCUGGCCUUUGUGGAGUACGCCCGGCUGUGCUUUAUGGAGCUGGGCCACCGCAUCAAGUUCUGGAUCACCAUGAACGAGCCGAACACGCGCAACAUGACCUACCGGGCCGGGCACCACCUGCUCAAGGCGCACGCGCUGGUCUGGCGCGAGUACGACGGAAAAUUCAGGCCCGCCCAAAAGGGUAAAGUAUCUAUAGCCUUGCAGGCCGACUGGAUUGAGCCCGCCUGCCCCUUUUCCCAGAAGGACAAGGAGGUGGCCGAGAGAGUGCUGGAAUUUGACAUUGGCUGGCUGGCUGAGCCCAUUUUCGGCUCUGGGGACUAUCCCCGUGUGAUGAGGGACUGGCUGAACCAAAGAAACAAUUUUCUUCUACCGUAUUUCACCGAAGAGGAGAGACAACUGGUCCGGGGUUCCUUUGACUUUCUGGCUCUAAGCCAUUACACCACCAUCCUUGUAGACUGGGAAAAAGAAGAUCCCACAAAAUACAAUGAUUACUUGGAAGUACAGGAGAUGACUGACAUCACGUGGCUCAAUUCUCCCGGGCAGGUGGCGGUGGUGCCCUGGGGGUUACGUAAGGUGCUGAACUGGCUGAGGCUGAAGUAUGGGGACCUCCCCAUGUAUGUCAUAGCCAACGGAAUUGAUGAUGACCUGCAGGCGGAGCAAGACCAGCUGAGGGUGUAUUACAUUCAGAAUUAUGUGAAUGAAGCGCUCAAAGCCUAUAUGCUGGAUGGCAUCAAUCUGUGUGGCUACUUUGCUUAUUCUCUUAAUGAUCGCUCAGCUCCCAAGUUUGGCCUCUACCGUUAUGCUGCAAACCAGUUUGAGCCCAAACCGUCCAUGAAGCAUUACAGGAGAAUUAUCGACAACAAUGGUUUCCCAAGCUCUGAAACCCUGGAAGAAUUUUGUCCAGAAGAACUCUCCAAGUGCAUCGAAUGCAGCUUUUUUCACAAGCGGAAGUCUUUACUGGCCUUCAUAGCUUUUCUCUUCUUUGCUUUCAUUAUUUCCCUCUCUCUUAUCUUUUACUACUCUAAGAAAGGCAGAAGAAGUUACAAAUAGUUGGGGCAUGUUCCAGUCAUUUGCUUUGAGAUGGUUAUGCACACUCAUCGGCUGUUAACCUCUCAGUGUUGUGAAACGGCACAUUUCAUACACAACCCUUUGGUGGGAUGUGACAGAGGUUCUGAUACGGGUCUAGGUGAUUGGAAAAUAUUGAAUAAUGUGAAAAGCGCCUGCGUUUGUUCUCUUUUUGGUGACUAAAGAACUGACAGGCACCGUCAUUUCUGUAACACAUUCUGUAACAAAAGCUUGAGAGAUGCUAACUGUAUCAAAUCAGCCUUUGUACCGAAAUCUGGAUGACCAGAGUGGGAAUAUUUUCAAUAUGUUUCUUGAAUUGAUCAUUGCAAGUAUUAGAUAAAAAAAGUCCCAGGUAACCAUCUGUCAGCUGCUAUAGUAAUGCCCAGUGGCCACGCCUCUAUCUAAUCAAUUUCCCAUGAAGGGGAAGAUGGCAGACUACAUAUGGGAGAGACAAAAGGAGCCAGGGGCUGAAGUGUUCCUUUUAAAAGCACUGUUUCUAUUCAAUGCUGCUAAUAUGCAUCUGCUUAUCUGAUGAAUGAUGCACCUAGAAAGCCCUUCAUGGGAGUUUCUGUGACUCCUGGGGUGUUCUGUACACGCUGGUCCUGGAGGGCUUUGUCUCCCGGGUGCCUUGUUGUGGGCCUACACACAGGAGACUUGAUACAAGUUUGCUACAGAAUGAAUGAACCGUGAGGUGCUGAGCUCUUCAGGGAAAACUAAAAGCCCUUGAGAAAGGCAGUGGACUGCAGUGUCUAUAGGCAGAGGAAAGAGGAGAAGCGUGCUUAUUAUUACGGACAGCAUUAUAAUUACUUUGAUUUUACAUCCUUUUAUUUCUGAGCAGGCUUUGGCAUGAGUAAAAUGACCUUUCCAGAGGCAGGAAGAAUGACUCACUCUGAAGCGGUGACUCCACUCUAGUCCUUAGCCUCGGCUGUCAUGCCUUCAAAUCGGUAGCUUUUUUUAAAAAAGUUCUUAAUAGGCUGAGAAGCAGUCGUGUCUGAUACCACUGGAAGAUUUGCGUUGUGAUCUCCGGGGUGAAUUUUGUGUUUUUACAGCUCUGCUUCUGUGAGAGUAGGGUCGGACUAGUUUUGCUUUGAACUUUUGCACUGAAACCUGCUACUGAUUUCUUGGAAGGGCUAAUAAGGUCUUAUCCUUUAAUGCCCCUCAAAUAAGUCUGGCUGAUUUUCAGACAGGGACGUCUCUAGUCCACUGGAGUUGUUUCAUAGACAAGCUAAUCUCCUAUUAAACCGAUAAACCAAUGUCAUAGCAGCUAACUAACUCACUGACACAGGGUCAUGGCAGAUAAUGAAACACUGUACUGUAUCAUAUAUCAUCUUUCCAUGAAAGAUAAGCUUUUGGUGGUAUUCUUUUUAAAAUGAGAUUCGUUAAAAUCUGACUCUAGAGAAUCAACAGUUUAUUUUAUGUAUAUAUUUUUCUGACUAUAAGAGUAAUAUAUGUUCAUUGUAAAAAAUUGUAAAACAAAGUAUAUGUAAAAAAAUAAAAUUACCUAUAAUCUCACAACCCAGAAGUAGCCACUGCUUACAUUUCCUAUGUAUUUUAUUUUACAUGGUCAGAUUUUGAUAUGUACAGUUAUGUAACUUGUAAACUUAUGAUGUGUUUUCCUGUGUCAUGGUCUUCAAAAGCAUGAAAUGUAUCACUAUUUAAGUACUCCUAUUUGUUUGACUACUUCCUUAUUAAUUACUGUGAAUUAAUGAAUAUUGUUUAAAAAGAAUUUCAUUGCUAUGUUUACUUUCAUUUCCUUGUGCAUAUAGAAAAGUUCUUCUCCUUGAUGAAAUAUUCUAAUAAAUUUGCCUGCAACUUUGUCAUCUUUCAUAA